AUGGAUUUGGAAAGGGCAGCCCGGGAAGACUCCGGAAUGUGGGCCGCGUUUUAUGAUUACGAAGCGCGCAGUGAGGAUGAGCUGAGCCUGAGGGGAGGUCAGCUGGUGGAGGUACUGUCCCAGGCCGCUGCGUGGGCCGGCCAAGUGCAGCGGAGCCUGGGCAUCUUUCCAGCCAGCUACAUGGCGCCGUGUGGCCCGAUAAAGGCCCCUUCCGUACCGGUGGAUCCAAAUCCAUCAUCCCCUCUACAUGUAGACUUCGAGCGCCUGGAACUCAAGGAGCUGAUCGGCGCCGGUGGCUUCGGCCAGGAGGUGGCGGUGAAGGCGGCGCGCCGGGACCCCGAGCAGGACGCGGCGGCGGCGGCCGAGAGCGUAGGGCGCGAGGCGCGGCUCUUCGCUAUGCUGCGGCACCCCAACAUCAUCCAACUGCGGGGUGUGUGCCUGCGGCAGCCGCACCUCUGCCUGGUGCUGGAGUUCGCGCGGGGCGGGGCGCUCAACCGCGCGCUGGCGGCCGCCGCACCGGAUCCCCGAGCGCCCGGUCCCCGCCCCGCGCGCGCGCGCGCGCGCGCCACACCACACGUUCUGGUCAACUGGGCGGUGCAGAUCGCCCGCGGCAUGCUGUACCUGCACGAGGAGGCGGUGGUGCCCAUCCUGCACCGUGAUCUCAAGUCCAGCAACAUUUUGCUGCUGGAGAAGAUAGAACAUGAUGACAUUUGCAACACGGACUUCGGGCUAGCGAGGGAAUGGCAGACCACCAGGAUUAGCGCAGCAGGGACCUAUGCCUGGAUGACUCCCGAGGUCAUCAGGUCCUCCCUGUUCUCCAAGGGCAGCGACAUCCGGAGCUAUGGAGUACUGUUGUGGGAGCUUCUCACUGGUGAGGUCCCGUACCGCGGCAUUGAUGGAUUGGCUGUGGCAUACGGGGUGGCUGUCAACAAGCUCACACUGCCUAUUCCAUCUACCUGCCCUGAACCAUUUGCAAAACUCAUGAAAGAGUGCUGGGAACAAGACCCUCAUAUUCGCCCCUCGUUUGCCUUAAUUCUUCAACAGCUGACUGCAAUCGAAGAAGCAUUGCUGACCAACAUGCCCCAGGAAUCCUUCCAUUCCAUGCAGGAAGACUGGAAACUGGAGAUUCAGCAAAUGUUCAGUGAGCCGCGAACCAAGGAGAAGGAGCUGCAUUCCCCAGAGGAGGAGCUGAGUCGGGCUGCCUUGCAACAGAAAUCGCAGGAAUUGCUGCUCAGACGCUGGGAGCAGCAGCUUGCAGAGCGUGAGAUCGAUGUGCUGGAGCGCGAGCUGAAUGUGCUCAUCUUCCAGCUGAGCCAGGAGGCGCCUCACAUGAAGAAGAGGAAGGGGAGGUUCAGGAGAGGCCGGCUGAGGCUCAAAGACAGCCACCGAAUCAGCCUGCCUUCAGGUUUGUGCCUUCACAACACAACACAACACAGAAGUUGGGUGCCGUCCGUCCUUGCGUCUGAAUAUUUGUCUCUCAGUGCGGAGUGUCAGAGAUGGGCGUCUAGACUCACAGAGGUUGGCAGCUGGAGAACAACGGUCUUCGGCCGAGAAGGCUUUGAAGAUGUGAAAAGGAGUUUCCAGAAAAAGGGUUGUACGUGGGGACCAAGCUCCAUUCAGACAAAGGAAAGACCAGAAGGCAGAGAGAGUGCCAGAGCAGGGUCAGCAGUGGAGGGAAAGGGGCUUCGUGAGCAGAGGUACUCAUGGGAAAUGCAGGCCUAUGUUCAGAGAAACCAGUGUGCUGCCGACUGUCUGCUGACUGAUGAGAGUGGCUUUCCUGAUGAGAGUGGCUGUCCUGAUGAGAGUGGCUGUCCAGAAGACAGAUCUUGUGAAGAACAGAAACUUGUCCCUGACGGAUUGGAAUAUAGAAAACCAAAGCAAACAAAGUUCCCUGGCCAGGCCCACGUUGGUCUACCUCUUUGCAAAGACAGCCAGAGAGUAGACUCAUCAGAGGCUGAGAGUCGGCAGGGGGGACCCUCUAAGGAGCCCCUGUGCACGAUGUGGGUGCAUCCAUGCUGAGGAAGAAAGAAAACGGUAUCAGUGCUGCGUGAGUGUGGGGUGCUGCUGGCGUCGAUGGCUGUGGGACUGGAUGUCAGAAAACUUCACGGAGUCCAGGCCCCCACAAAACCAUCACCCAAGGAGGAAAAGAAGGGAGAGGGUACCCUCCAACCUGUCUCCAGGUGCCAAGCAAUCAGUUCACUUCUGAGGCAGCCAUCUCAGCCAUCUGCAGGCAGGGCACCCAGUGAUGGCUCCACGCUCCUGCUGCCCAGGGCCCCAAGCCAUUCCUCAAAGUCUUCUCUCUCCACUCAGUGUUUGCUGCAGGCUGGUGAGGAGGAGCCAUCUUUGGGGAACGCUUGGGAUUCUUGUGGUCCCACAAUGCUCACUCCAGAUCCUGGUACUGCCUCACCAGAGAGCGGCUGUGAACUCAUCCCUGGACUGAGACGUAAGACUGACUAUGGUGUGUUGAGAAGCAUGUCACCUGCCAUCCUGGAGCAGACAGGGGAGGGACUCCCAGGCUGUGCCACUGUAGGAGACAGGUGCCACCACGUGCAGAUGGGACCUGACAAAACUCCUCUCCAGCCCCAAAGUGCCCCUGAAGACUCUGGACUACCGCACCCCUCCCCUGGACCUCAGAGUGACCUGGCCAGCCAGGCCUCUCCUGUGAAACCCGAAGGUGUUCUGGGCAAGUGCCAGGCAUGCCCUGCCCUGCCACAAAAGCCACACACUGCUUCAUUGAGAACAACAUCUCCACCUACCUGGGCCUGUGACGAGGACCAUCCGGUGCCAGCGCUUGCCUGCUUGCUUGGUGCUCAGGAGAGAAGCAGGUGCCAGACUCCUUCCUUGCUGGAUGCCAGCUUAGAAGGUCAGAACAAGGACUGUGCCAUGCCGCUGUGUAGAGUGAAGAGCAUGAUAUGUCAGCCAUCCAUCUACGCCCUGGAGAAAGACUUUCUGACCCGAUGACUUCUGCCUUCCCGCCAUGAUCAUUUGAUGGGAGCCACACGGAGGCACCGUGUGCCUUGCACUGUGUCUCGAACUUGUGGCCUAUGAAGCUAGAGAUGAUGCUGAUUCUGAGUAGCACUAGUGACUGCUGUUAGCUCCCGUAUCAUGGCCACUGCGUGCUGGUUACCCAGUGACUUGAUGUACACAGAAGUUCAAAUGAGUAUCAGCAGAGGUGGGGCUGUCCUGGUCGGUUCCUGUGCUUCAGUCUAUAUCCUGCCCAUGAGCACACACACGGUGGAACUGCAAUGGCCAAUCCUCUUAGAUUCCUGCCUUCAUUCUUUUCUCUCUUUUUAAAAGUCCUUUUGGGGUUUUGUUUGUUUUUACACAACAAAAAAGCCAAGAAA